UAUCUGUUUAUCGUCGUGCGUUUCUCGCCCGGUCGGAACGUUUGCCAGUGAAACUCACUGAAAUCGCGCACUCGCUUACGAGGAAACGUGCAUCUUGCCACUUCGGCAGGAAGGUCAUUCGCGCGCGCGACAGGGUCACGAUCAAUUACCUUGAACUAAUGUGUCAUCGUGCCUUAUUAUUAUUAGCGCGCAUUAAUUAGUGAGAAUCCGAGUUGCAACACGCUCGUCCUUCGUGCGUGUAUUCACGUCGGAUGCAAAUCGGAAUCGACUCUUUCGACAGCGUCAUCGACCGCGUCCGAUUUUAGGAGCGCGUCUCGUUUAGCAUCUCCGUGGACCUUCGCACCCGCGAUCUCUCAAGGUAGAGCGAGCAAAAGUGGCUUCUGCGAAACAAUACAAAAUAUCAAUCCCGCCAGCGCACGCAUCGCCAUUGGCCGCUCAUCCGACGGAGCGUCGCGAUUGGUCAGUCGAGGCGGAGCAUCGCCGCCAUUUUCGCCGUCGCGGUAACUGUUAGUGCGUCAGCUGCCGGAGUUCGUUUCGGAUGUUUUGGCAGCUGAUUUCGUUCCCUUUCUUUUUCCGUAACAGAAACGUUUGAAAAUUUUUCGACUUUCUGCGCCGCCGAAGAUUCAAACGCUGUCGCGGGAGGCGGUUCCGCGACGCGGCAGCGGUAACGCGUGAGCGAGAGGCUGCUUUCGGGAUGCUUUAUUCGGCAAGUAUCGAGAAACGAUGACGUCAUGUACUGAAACGCAAGCUGUUUUCAUCCAGUUUCCUCGUAGCAGGUGCGCGUGUUACUUUUUCUUCUAGUCGCAAAUUAUUCUCGGUCUCGCGUCGCAAAAUUAUCGAUAUUCGCCACGGUGAACAAAAAUCCAACGAUCGAAAUCUUUAAAUAAAUCGAUAUUUUACAUGUAUUUACAAAUCGAGUAAAAGUGUAAGUUGUUGUGAUCAGUAUCAGAGUGUGUUGUAUUGUACAUUAGUACAUACGUGUUGAUGCAACAGUAGCUAGUAAUGCGCAUUUGUUGUAUACCCUUGUAGUAGCACAUGAGUCAUACAAAACGAAACCCAUUAAAUCAACAGUGCAUUCAGCGUACUCCCGUAAACCUCCUGUAGCCAAUGCCGCGAUAGUGCAUAUGUGGCGUAUAUAGACCAAGAAAGGGAACGUCAGUGUCAGAAAACACACGCGUUAAUUUUACGCAACAAUGGAUUCGGAAGAAGAAACUCUUUACGAUGACGUUGACUCUGGCAACGAGUCGAGCGGUGAUGACGUCGACUUUGCUAUGGAAAUAGAGUCUGGGAAUCCGCGUGAACGUGCCACCGAUGUUGACGAAUACCCAUUUGAAGUACUUUCCACAGAGGAGAUAGUGCAACACAUGGUUGAUUCUAUCAAGGAAGUCAAUACUGUAGUUGAAAUACCAGCGACAACUACACGUAUUUUAUUAAAUCACUUUAAAUGGGACAAAGAAAAGUUGAUGGAACGUUUUUACGAUGGUGAUCAAGAGAAAUUAUUCGCCGAAGCACGUGUCAUUAAUCCAUUUAGAAAGGGUCCUUUGAUAAGUAGAAGUCGAUCCGCUCAAAGUUCUUUGUCCAAAAGAAUGACAAACGGAACAGAAGAAUGCGGGAUUUGCUUUACGACUCUCCCAUCAUCAAUGAUGACUGGUCUUGAAUGUGGACAUCGUUUCUGCACCGGUUGCUGGGGCGAGUACCUAACAACUAAAAUCAUGGAGGAAGGAGUGGGACAAACGAUCGCGUGUGCUGCUCAUGCCUGCGACAUUUUAGUCGAUGACGCCAGUGUUAUGCGGCUUGUCAAAGAUUCCAAAGUUAAAUUAAAGUAUCAGCACUUAAUCACCAACAGCUUUGUCGAAUGUAACAGGCUACUGAGAUGGUGUCCCUCACCCGAUUGCAACAACGCGAUCAAGGUGCAAUACGUGGAAGCCAGACCAGUUACUUGCAAAUGCGGUCACAUUUUUUGUUUUCACUGUGGCGAAAACUGGCAUGAUCCCGUAAAGUGUCAUUUAUUGCGCAAGUGGAUCAAAAAGUGUGAUGAUGAUUCUGAGACGUCAAACUGGAUCGCUGCCAACACAAAGGAAUGCCCGAAAUGUAACGUUACCAUCGAGAAGGAUGGCGGGUGUAACCACAUGGUUUGCAAAAAUCAGAAUUGCAAAACUGAAUUUUGCUGGGUGUGUCUUGGGCCGUGGGAGCCGCAUGGUUCCAGUUGGUACAACUGUAAUCGCUACGACGAGGAGGAAGCUAAGGUCGCCAGGGAUGCGCAGGAAAAGUCCAGAUCGGCUUUACAAAGAUAUCUAUUUUAUUGCAACAGAUAUAUGAAUCAUAUGCAAUCACUGAAAUUUGAGAGUAAAUUGUACGCCAGCGUGAAGGAAAAGAUGGAGGAGAUGCAGCAGCACAACAUGUCGUGGAUUGAGGUACAAUUCUUAAAAAAAGCAGUCGACAUUUUAUGUUCCUGUAGACAGACACUUAUGUACACCUACGUCUUUGCGUACUACGUGAAAAAGAACAAUCAAUCUGUGAUUUUCGAGGAUAACCAAAAGGAUUUGGAGAGCGCCACAGAAUGCCUCUCCGAAUAUCUCGAGAGAGAUAUCACGAGUGAAAAUUUGGCAGACAUCAAGCAAAAGGUUCAGGAUAAAUAUAGAUACUGCGACAGUCGGAGAAAAGUGCUUUUAGAACAUGUCCACGAAGGAUACGAGAAGGAAUGGUGGGACUACAAGGAAUAGAGGAUUUUCACUAGUUUUUAUUUCUUGGGGUGUGACACAAGUCCUCUUCCUUCCCACCUCUGCCCCAGCUGUGAUAAACCAAGAAAGAACUAAGAGACAGAAAUGGAGCAUGUCACAAAGUGAUAUAUAAACAUGUUAUAUGCACUUUAUAUAUUAAUAUGCUCUGUGGCCACACGUAUAAUGUCGUUUAUGAUGAAUAUUGAAGUCAACCUAUUAAAAUUCAAACCGAUCGCAAUAAGCUGAUCGGAGAAACAUUUUAAUUUGUGCUUGCUGUGUGUUGCAUAUCAUUGUAUUCAUACAUCUAUGUAUUAACUAAUACAUAGACUCUUAUUCUUGAUAAAAAUACCGCAUUGUUUUAGAUAAUGUCGUAAUAAUAUUAGUUACGUUCAUUGACACGUUUACAACGUGUUAUUAUAAUCGCACAUUAUUAUCUCAACUAUAUUUAGCAAUAUUACGUUGCAAUGUAAAAUCUCGGCUGAGAAAAUUUACUAUUUUAUUUAACAUAUUUUAUCGAACUUUUAGUUAAUCGCAAAACCAUUGAGUUCUGACAAUUCAUUAAUCUUCUUCCCAUUAAUUUUAAGGAUAGUCGUGUAAGAUGUAAAACGAGCCCGAUAUAACAAAAAAAACGUCAUCCCAACUGUUUUGCCCUAUUUUGGACCACGAUACGUCCAGGCUACAACUGCCAAUCUUUAAGAGACACUAAAUUGUUAUAUGCGUAUCGCCAGUGUUAUGUAUCUAUCCUUAACGAACGAGCUUUUCCUCUUCUCGCCUAUUUUUGCUGUACUCUUUUAAUUAAGGAAAUCAAAUAUACUUAAAAAUUAAAUAUUCAGCAAACUAGUAUAAUAUAGCCUUUCUUCUCUUUUUUUUCUGUGUAUAUUUUAUUCUUACUCUUUACAAAAUUAAAAUAAUUACGAUUAAAGUAUUAGUUAAUUGCUCAUACUGACGUUGCGCAGUUUAAUGGGGGCCAAGUUUGUGAUAUCUCACACAUACACGCGUAAAAGUAGCAUGCGUAUGAUGAUCAAAUUGUAAUGAAAAUACUCAUACUAUUGCGGUUUUUCUUUAUGUAAAUUUAAUAUUUUAUAUCUUAAAUCACAUACAUACAUACAUAUGCAUGAGAUAAAUGUUCUUGAGUCUUUCGUAUUACAUUUUGAUUUCACACAUAAAUGUCCCGUUACAUAUAAUUUAGUGUAACAUGCCAGUUAUACAAUUUGUGUUUUUGAAUAUUUUGUAUGAUAACAUUGAGAUUGAGAUUAUUAUAUCUUGUAUUGGUUUUAUCUAGAUAUUCUCAAUAUCUACUUCGAUCCUUCCCAGUCUAUCAAAGUACUUUGGAAUAUUUUCUUUGAAACAAUUAUAUCUUGAUUAUUUUAUUAUUAUUGUUUAUGAUUGUUUAUUGCUUCUUAUUUAAUCUGAUUGCUAUUCUCUGCAUAACGCUGACGAUAUGUUUCAUAUACCAUUAGAGCUAACUCUAAUUAAAAAUUUAAUGACUAUAAUAAAACGAUUACUUAUUAUAUAUUGUCAAUAUAUGAGUGGAAAAUGAGUUCCAUUUGUACAGUUAACAUAGUAUAUAUUCACGCAUAUGCAAAUGCAUAUAAUACUUAAAUAUAGUAAUAUUGAUACAAUAGUCAAAUAAAAGUAGACAAUUUCGAAGAUUUAUUAAACGGAAAUUGUUGAGUCUUGCUAUUAUGCACAUUAGGGAAUCUGAAA